AUGGGUUCCCCGGAGCCAACCGGCCCGCGCAUGCGUAUUCCACAAAGGGCUCCGCUCCGGAGGGAGAGGGAGCGUGUGCGCAUGUGCGCUGGGUUCCCCGGAGCCAACCGGCCCGCGCAUGCGUACUCCACAAAAGCUCCGCGCCGGAGGGGGAGGGAGCGUGUGCGCAUGUGCGCUGGGUUCCCCGGAGCCAACCGGCGCGCGCAUGCGUACUUCACAAAGUGCCCCGCUCCGGAGGAGCGAGGGGGCGUGUACGCAUGCGCGCUAGGCCCCCCCGAGCCAACCGGCCCGCGCAUGCGCAUUCCGCCAAGUGCCCCUCUCCGGAGGGGGAGGGAGCGUGUGCGCACGCGCGCUGGGUUCCCCGGAGCCAACCGGCCCGCGCGCGGGAGUGCGGUACGUCACAUCCGGUCUGGCCGCGGGGAAGAAGCCAUGCUAAGAUGGCGCGGGCCGGGGCUGUCGCUGAGGCUGCUGACGGCGGGAGUCAGCCGUUGUCCCCGGGCCGCCGCCGCCGCCAUGGUGUCGGUGCGGCCCGUGGUGUCCCCCCCGGGCGGGCCGCGGCCCCGGCGGCCCCUCAGCCUGUCGGCGGCCGCCAUCGUGGGCCGGGCGCCCCGCCCCCUGCGGCCCUACCUGCGCCUCAUGCGCCUCCACAAGCCCAUCGGGACCUGGCUGUUGUACCUGCCGUGCACCUGGAGCAUCGGGCUGGCCGCCGACCCGGGUUGUUUCCCAGACUGGUCCAUGCUGUCCCUUUUCGGGGCGGGAGCCGUCCUGAUGCGAGGGGCCGGCUGUACCAUCAAUGACAUGUGGGAUCAGGAUUACGACAAAAAGGUCGCCAGGACGGCUAGUCGGCCUUUAGCCGCCGGGAACAUUUCAACUUUCCAGGCCUUGGUUUUCCUUGGGGGACAGCUGAGCUUGGCCCUCGCCGUGCUCCUGUGUCUAAAUUACUACAGUAUAGCGCUGGGAGCGGCGUCCCUGGCUCUUGUGGUCAUCUACCCUCUGAUGAAGAGGAUUACUUAUUGGCCGCAGUUAGUCUUGGGACUGGCCUUCAACUGGGGAGCCUUGCUCGGGUGGUCUGCCGUUAAGGGGUCCUGCGAUCCAUCCGUCUGCCUGCCCCUUUAUUUCUCCGGUGUGAUGUGGACGUUAAUCUAUGACACCAUCUAUGCCCAUCAGGAUAAGAGCGACGACGUUCAGAUUGGCGUCAAAUCAACCGCCCUGCGGUUCGACCGGGACACGAAGCGUUGGCUCGGUUGCUUUACCGUGGCCAUGCUGGGCGGGCUGAGCGUGGUGGGGCUGAACUGCGGCCAGACCGUCCCCUUUUACGCCGCCGUGGCUGCAGCCGGCGCUCACUUGGCUCGCCAGAUUUACACUUUGGACACGCAGAAGCCCGAAGACUGUUGGAAUAAGUUUUCUUCCAACCGCACAGUCGGACUCUUGCUCUUCAUUGGAAUCAUACUCGGAAACUUACGGAAGGAGAAAGAGCCGGAAGAGAUGGGAAAGGAUUUAGACAGCACUGUGGCCGAUGAAUAAAUGAGAUUCCGCAAUAUUAUUGGUAAUAAUUAUCAUUAUUAUGGUAUCCGUUAAGCGCUUGCUAUGUGCCAAACACUGUUCUAAGUGCUGGGGUAGAGACAAGUUAAUCAGGUUGGACUGAGAUAUCCUGGAAAAAAUGCACCAUUCCCCAAGCUACAAGGCUCCUUUGUUUCAGUUGUUGAAUAUUUCAGUAAGCGCUCAAUAAAUACGAUUGAAUGAA